AAACCGUAAAUUAAAUUAUAAUUACAGCACACCCAUGUAAAUAAACAUAAACAGGCGCUUAUCAAUCACCGCCAACUGUAGCUCUCUCCGGCGAACAAUUUUGCCACCGAUUUCUUUUGCCAGGACUUUGCAAAGUGAAAUAAAGAGACCUUUAUGGCGAUGGUAGAAGCAGAUGAUGUUUCAAACCUGGAGUUCAGCUGGGGUAAAAAGAGGGGAGUUGGAGGAAAGAAGAAAGAGGUCCAGUUCUACGAGUCUUUUACUUAUGAUGGUGUUGAUUACAAUCUCUAUGACAGUGUAUAUAUGCUCAAAGAAGGCGAGCCUGAACAUUACAUCGGUAAAUUAAUAAAGAUAUGGGAGAAUGGGGACAAGACAAAGAAAGUGAAGGUUCAAUGGUUUUUCCAGCCUUCUGAAAUUUUAGGAUGGCUGGGAGAUAUGCGUGUACUAGAAAAUGAAAUUUUUUUAGCUACUGGUGAAGGCGUUGGUCUUGCAAAUGUUAAUCCCCUGGAGGCUAUUGCUGGAAAAUGUAAUGUUGUUUGCACAUCGAAGGACAGCAGGAACCGCCAACCAUCAGAGGAAGAACUUAAAUUGGCUGACUAUAUAUUUUACCGUACCUUUGAUGUCGGUCUAUGUACUAUUUUGGAUAAAAUGGAUGAGAAAGUUGGUGGGACUGAAGUAAGAUUUGUCUUUAACAAAGAAGAGAGUGAAGCUGCUUGUGCUGUUCCUGGACAUAUACCUGAUGAAAACAAAGAAAAGAAGUGUGCUGUAGUUUGUAAUGGGACACAACAGAUUCCUAAAGAAACUGCUCCUGUCGAGUCGAAAUCUCUCAUUACCAAUGGGGAUAAUGAUCAAUCCAUGGCUAUCAAUGAUGUGAAAGAUGUUACAGUGAAAGGUGAAUACUCAACUGAUUUGAAAUCUGUUGUGACAGCUGUCGAGUCCAAUUGCUUGUCCACAACUAUUGAAGAACCAGCAAGUCUCUUGGGCAAAGAAGUUAGUGGUUCCAAAGCUGGCGCUGUGAAGGAUGAGUUUGAAAUGGCUACCGACACUAAGGUUAAAGCUGAGAAGAGACCACAACCUGCUAACUUUUCCAGCGACACGGAGGAAAAGCCUGCCAAGAAAGCAAAAAAGGAUGAUGUCAUUAAAUCAUCUGUUGACAAGAGCAGGAACGAUACCCAGAAACUGAUUAGUAGAGGUAAUGAUGUCAAAGCUAUGUCGACAGCAGCUGAUGCUCCUGCAGAAAACGCCAAAUCUGGGCAUGAUGUACUUAUUAGGCAAGAAAAAGAUAAACCUUCAAAGCAAGGAAAGGUGGACUGUUCCAGUAAGGAGAAGACUAUCAACAAGACCGAGAAGGGUCCCUUCAACAAGGAGAAGCUCGGUAAUAAGACGAAGGGUCUUUCAGGUGGUAAGUUGCCUAGAAGGCCUGCUUCAGAUAUUGAAUGCAAGGAACGAGAAACUGCUGGCAAGGUCAUCAAUGUUACAGGAAGACCAGAUGUUGACAACAGCAAGUGGUUUAGGCAGACUCCAUUUGAGGACAGAUUUAAAACUGCACAAAAGGACGGUACAACGUUAAUGCUUCACAACUUGGACCCUGAAUAUGUUUCAGGAGAAGUAGAGGAAAUUAUUUGGCAUAGUUUUAAGGAGUAUUGUUCGGCAAAAAUGGUGCAAGGCACGAAGAUCUCUACCCCCCACUCUGGUCAAGCUAUAGUUAUAUUUAAAACGAGGGAGGGGACCCAAAAAGUCAUGACAAAGUUGAUUGAAGGAUGCUUGAUGCUACCGAAUGGAAGGCCACUUGUUUGUAGCACACCUUCUACCUUUCCAGGAAAGCAGACCACAUUUUAUGGUCACCUUGUUCUUGACAACAAGACUCAAGCACAGAGGGGGAAGAAAGAUGCUGUAUCCACUUCACAUUGCUCACAACCGAAUACAAUCGAAUAUGAUAUGGCUAUGGAAUGGUGCUUGCUGCAGGCAAGAUCUGAUAGUUGGUGGAAAGGUUUGCACAAGCAACAAGGCGAGGAGUUAAGAAAACUGAAGGCGACUUUGAAAUCAAAAUGAGCAUCAACUGCUUACCCUUUUCAUGGUAAGCUAGCUGCUCAGACAAUGCCAGUGUUAUACCCUAAUUUAAGAAGCUUAAUUGUAGGAAUCCCCUGUGCGUUUCUUUCUAUUUUGGGGGUGAUGACUCACCUAAGAAGGUCGGUGUUCAAUAUGCUAAAACGUUGUGGCCUUAGCUUUACUAAUACAGAAGGCUGGUGAUUAUUUGUCUGUGCAUAUGUAGCAUACCAGCUUUGCUAGUUUUUUAGUGUUAUAUUCGAUGGAGAUUCUCUGAGUUUGUUCAUCUUCCUUAUGUUCAAUUAGUCAAUUAGAGCAUGGAGUUCUUAAAGAAGAUUAAGAUGAUAGUUACUGAUGUUGCAUUUCUCUCGAUUUCCUUCUGGAAUAUACAUAGAGUCAUGUUGUAAAGAUACUCCAGUUUGCACUUUGAUAUUUGCAUGGAUCUGGAGUAGAUGGUUGGAGCUGUAAAACCCCCGACUUCUAUAAGCAAAUUUUGAUAUCUUGGAAUCGAAUGGAAAUAGUGAAGAAUUUUCAAAAUUCUCCAAAUUUUAAAAUGUUUUUAAUUGCUCUGAACAAGCUGAUGGAUGAAUUCAUCUGCGUUUUGAAUCCAAUAGAUGUAUCUGUGGAAUAUAGCUUUUCUUGCAUGCAUAUUUAUUUCAAAUUUUUUUA